AUGUAUUUGCUUUGUAGGAUUUGCCACAGCUUCUCAUUUAGAAAGGCAGAACGUGUCAGAAGACUAAAGGGUUCCUUCCGAUCUCUCGAAGGCUUCCUGAGAGCACAGAUGGAUGAGCAAGAUUCAGCUGGCCCUGAGGCAGGAAGAAGCUAUGCCAGCCAAACUGGGAGCAGUGGGGGAUUCUGGGAAAACCCAGUGCAGAAGAUCCUGGGUGAGGAGGACACCCUCCGCUCAGAGGUGCAGAGCCAGCAGUUGAGGCAGUUCUGCUGCCAGGAGGCCAAAGGACCCCGAGAGGUUUGCAGCCGACUCCACCACCUUGACCAUCAGUGGCUGAAGCCAGAAAGGCACACGAAAGCUGAGAUGCUGGACCUGGUGAUCUUGGAGCAGUUCCUGGCUGUCCUUCCCCCGGAGAUGGAGAGCUGGGUGAGGGAAUGCGGAGCGGAGAGCAGUUCCCAGGCGGUGGCCCUGGCCGAAGGUUUCCUCCUGAGUCAGGCAGAGGAGAGAAAGCAGGUGAGAGAGACUUUCGUCUGGAUACGCCUUAGAUACGCCCAAGGGGCUCCAAAGAGGACGGAGAACAUCCCAUAAUGGUCUGCUAAUGGCCCAUCCAUUUUCUGGGAAAGCAUCCAUGGAAUGAGAUCUCACAGCCUUUCUAACCAUUCUCUGUUUUGAAUCCUUGUUUCUUUCUCAGGGAAAGGAUCUCUUUGCAGAAAUGGACCUGGAUUCCUGUGAGGCAGAGAGGCCUCCGUUGGACACCAGAGAGAGGCCACUGGGUAAGAAGGAAGGUGGUUUUUCUCUGUCUGGUCUCAUUCUGUUGGUUUUCCAACUCAUCUGGGGGUUCUUUUCAUCUUGUUUUGUGGGGUCCAUAGGAGGGGAGAUGUAUUUUUGCACCACAAACAUAUGAAAUGGGCACAAACGUCCAAAUACUCUCAGUAGGUAAGUCUUUCUCAAAGGCCCAUCUGUAGUAAAAGAUGCCCUGUUUCACCUGUGAGAGAAGCCGGCACUCCUGGCAUCCUGAUCACCUUUUUUCUCUUGCAGGUGACAGAAUGAUGCCGGCAAGACUUCCUGAUCCGUCUUUUCAUGGGGACAGAAGGGAAGCAGCGGCUGUGGAACCAGAUCAGGUCAGGGGAAGCUGCCUUUUGGGGACAGAGGCCGAGGGAUGGAGCAAUGUCAUGGACUGGUUGGGCACAGAGGAAUGAUGGGAGGAAGCAGCCGGGGAACCAGGAAGGGAAGAUGGCUCAGAGCCCAAGGAGUGGAGGUAGAACAAGGAUGGGUGGUCAGAGGAAGAAGAGGGAGAAGCCUGGGAAGAGGAGGUGUCAGAAGCUUAAGGGGUUACAGGGGUUAGUGAGCUGGGAGACACUGUGGCAGAAUGCAGUGCAGAAUCAGAGGCAGAAGAGGAAGGAGACGAGUGGGAGAGGAAGGUCGGGAGGCAGAGGUGAGUCAGAAUAAGGAAGAGCCACAGGUGGCUCCCUCUCCUUUUGCCAGAAGCCACCCUCCCUGCUUGUCUCUCAGAGCCAGGAGACCCCAUGCAUUGCAGGAAUCUCUGCUAGAUCAUCCAAGACAGAUGGCCAUCCAAAACAGGCUUAUUUUAUUUCUAGAUUGAUCACUGAAUGCUCAGAUUGGUUUCUAAGCAGUGGACAAAUGAGAACAAAUAGUGGCCUGGAUUCACCUAACCAGCCCCAUUGGCCUGCCCCCCCCAUUCCUCCCCCUCUCCAUGCCCCCAUGAACCCCUGGAAUUUGGCUCUAGGGCAUAGGGAGGGAACUCCCCAGAACAGCUCAGGAGGAGAGGAGAAAGUGGACCCUUCCAUCAGGCAAACUGGAAUGCUUGUGUAGGCAGAAUGACUUGGAAAACACAAGGUGUAGUACCACCUAUAUGCACAAAGACGAAUACCCAUAAUUAAAACUUAGAAUAAAAUAAGCAUCCAGAAUUAAAAUGUGCAGCAAAGUAAUCCUAUUGAAACAACUCCCCUGCGUGAGUGCCUGAGGGCCCUGCUCCUGCCACUCACCACCUGGCCCAGGGCGGGGCCUGACAGGCCUCAUAAGGACGCUUGCUGCUGGCCAGGAGGACUCGGAGCAGCGCAAUGUUCUUUUUAAAAUGUUUUAAAAAUUUUCUUUUUUCCCUUUUGAUUACUUUUUUUGUGGGGGGUGGCAUGGAUGUUUGGUUGGGUUCGGGAAUUAGAUUUUUUUUUAUAAGGGUUUUAUUUUGUUCUUAAGGGGAGGGGUCAGGGCUGCCAGGUAGUGGGUCCCAGCCCACAACAUAGCUGGGGCAUGUUCCACGGGGCGGGGAUGCACUGGGACAACCGAUCUCAGUGAUCACGGUUAGGAGGAGGAGGUACGCUAAGACCAGACCAUGCCAUUACAGAGGAGGCAGGUUUAGUCGUUUGAGGACUAUCCCUGCGUCUGGGUCUGGUCCUGACUGGACGGAUACUAGAAUCAGCAAGGGAUACCCACGUGACCUGAAGGUGCUGCUGUUCAAUGCCAAGUCAAUGAUUCAUAAAACCACUGCCAUCCAUGACUUGAUCAUGGAUGGAGGACUUGACCUGGCAUGUGUAACAGAGACUUGAUUGGCUGAAGCAGAUGGGCUCUCUUCAAUUGCAUGGAGCCUGGACAGCCCUGUGGUUUUCCACGGAUCUGCGGGCAAUAAAACAAUCGCCGAGACGGCUAGAGCGCCGGUGGCGGAUAACUCAUUCUGAAGCUGACCGGACACGGGUUAGAGCUCAAUGUCGAGCCUACCAAGUGGCGGUAGCGAUGGUGAAGAAGACUUUCUUUGCCGCCUCUAUUGCAUCUGCAGAAAACAGCAGGAGACUUUUUCAGGUGGUUUGCAAUUUAGCGGAACCACCUGCUACAUCGGGGCCCAGUAUGGGCCACAUGAUCUCCUGCAAUGAUUUUGCAAAUUUUUUUUCAGAUAAAGUUGCUCAGAUUCAGGAAGAGGUAGACUCCACCAUGGAGCAAGCACGGGCCGGGAGAGUGCUAGUGUCCUGUCUAGUCAAGUUGCGUGGGAUCAAUUCCAAUCUGUUACCUCCGAGGAUGUGGACAGGCUGCUUGGACGAGUGAAACCAACCACCUGUCUCCUUGAUCCUUGCCCAUCCUGGCUUAUAAAAGCUAGCCGGGAAGGGCUGGGCGAUGGGCUUUGCGAGGUCGGGAAUGCUUCUCUCUGUGAGGGAGCUUUCCCAGACCCGCUGAAGGAGGCGGUUAUCAAACCGCUUAUUAAAAAACCAUCUUUAGAUGCUGCCAAUAUGGCUAACUAUCACCCAGUCUCAAAUCUUCCAUUCUUGGGCAAGGUGAUUGAGCGAGUGGUUGCUGAACAACCAUAACAUCCUUCUGGACCGUCUUGAGGGGCUGGGAGCUGGGGGCACUGUCAUACAGUGGUUCCGCUCCUUCCUCCUGGGCCAUGUUCAGAAAGUGGUGGUGGGGGAUGAGUGUUCAGACCCCUGGGCUCUCACUUGUGGGGUGCCUCAGGGUUCUGUCCUUUCCCCCAUGCUUUUCAACAUCUACAUGCAGCCGCUGGGAGAGAUCAUCAGGGGGUUUGGGCUGGGUGCUCAUAAGUAUGUGGAUGAUACCCAGCUGUACCUCUCUUUCAAACCAGUGAAGGAGGUGAAAGUCCUGUGUGAGUGUCUGGAGGCUGUUGGAGGAUGGAUGGCGGCUAACAGAUUGAGAUUGAAUCCUGACAGGAACGAAGUACUGUUUCUGGGGGACAGGAGGUGGGCGGGUGUGGGGGACUCCCUGGUCCUGAAUGGGGUAACUGUGCCCCUGAAGGACCAGGUGCGCAGCCUGGGAGUCAUUCUGGACUUGCAGCUGUCCAUGGAGGCACAAGUCAAUUGUGUGUCCAGGGCAGCUGUUUAUCAGCUCCAUCUGUUACGCAGGCUGAGACCCUACCUGCCCGCAGACUGUCUCACCAGAGUGGUGCACGCUCUGGUUAUCUCUCGCUUGGACUACUGCAAUGCGCUCUAUGUGGGGUUACUUUUGAAGGUGACCCGGAAACUACAACUAAUACAAAAUGCGGCAGCUAGACUGGUGACUGGGAGCAACCCUCGAGACCAUAUAAACCGGUCUUGAAAGACCUACCCUGGCUCCCAGUACGUUUCCGAGCACAAUUCAAAGUGUUGGUGCUGACCUUUAAAGCCCUAAAAGGCCUCGGUCCAGUAUACCUGAAGGAGCGACAUUGUUCUGCCCAAACACUGAGGUCCAGCGCUGAGGGCCUUCUGGCGGUUCCCUCGCUGCAAGAAGCCAAGUUACAGGGAACCAGGCAGAGGGCCUUCUUGGUAGUGGCACCCGCCCUGUGGAACGCCCUCCCACCAGAUGUCAAAGAGAAAAAUAACUACCAAACUUUUAGAAGACAUCUAAAGGCAGCCCUGUUUAGGGAAGCUUUUAAUGUUUAAUAGAUUAUUGUAUUUUAGUGUUUUGUUGGAUGCCGCCCACAAAGACAAAUACCCAUAAUUAAAACGCAGAAUAAAAUAAGCACCCAUAAUUAAAAUGUGCAGCAAAGCAAUCCUAUUGAAACAAAACCGCAAUUAACAGGAAGGAAACAACAGAGCAUUGUGUAGCAGAUCAUAUUUCUGCUGUCUCAGAGGAGGACAUUUCCCUUUUUCUUUUAGGGUCCAGUGUGCUUUGAAGAUGUUGCUGUUCAUUUCACGGAGGAGGAGUGGGCGUUGCUGGAUCCUGACCAGAGAGCUCUGCAUAAGGACGUCAUGGAGGAGAAUCAUGGGACCGUGGCCUCUCUCGGUAAGGCUCAAAAAAUACCUCAAUGUGACCAACCUCAUAUAUUUUCACAGAGCUCAACAGCACCCCCUAUAACACCUGGGAACCUAACACCCCCACAAUAAAGAGUAAAUUACAGUUUUUUCUUUGAACAAUCUUCCUCAAAUUAUUCCUUUUUCUACCAGUAUUGGGCUGGUCUGAACUUCUGAGGCCAUCUUAAAUGUCAGCUUCAGAAUUUUUAGGAAAGCUAAGUAGCUUCAGGUUUUUGUUUUUGCUCCUGUCAGUCUUGGGUUGAACAAAGAGACGACUGACAUUGGAGAUGGAGGGAUGCCAUGACUGGGCCAAACAAAACCCAUCCCAGAGAAGAGCUAGGCUUAUGGAAUCUCAGGUAGUAGUAGCAGUGAUGAGGAUGAGGAUGAGGAUGAUGAUGAUAGUAAUAGUAAUACAGUGGUACCUCGGUUUACAAACUUAAUCUUUUCCGGAACAGGACAGUUCUUAAAUCAAGGUACCACUGUAGUAGUAAUAAUAAUAAUAAUAAUAAUUUUUAUUUCUCCCUCCCAUCUGGCUGGGUUGCCCCAGCCACUCUGGGCGGCUUCCAACACAUAUAUCAUCAUGAAACAUAAAUAAUAAUAAUCUGAUUCCAUAUAAAAAGAACAUUAAUUUUAAAAUGAACAACUUAUAUUAGUGGCCGAAAUUGUGGAAACCUUUUGUGAAAAGUGUAUUUCUGAGGUUUGAUGGCUCCUAACACCACUUUUGUAUGGAGUAAUACCAUAAAAUUAUAAAGCAAUAGAAAGAUAAUUUAAUGAAGAAUGUAAUGCAAUGACUUUUAUGAAGGAGUAUUUAUUAGAACAGCAGUCAUAAAGAAAAAACGUGAAAUCUUUGGUAACCAUUGGUAACCUUUAGCUUUCAUUACGGCCUUACAAUGCCUUCCCAUGAAGUGAACCAAGUUUUUAGUUCUGCAACUGUAAGAAUGUCAAACCAAGACUGAAUUAUUGCCUCUGUUGAUUGGGCUUUAUUGCUGGGUUGCCUCUGAUUAACAAGUUUCUUUCAUCAGCUGCAUAGAUUUCUGAUUGGAUUAAAGUUUGGGCUAUUCCCAGACCAUUCCGGGAGUGGAAUGGGAUCAUCUUGAAAGCACCGUUUGCACACAGCAGCAACAGGUCAUGGAGCUGAAUCCUGUUGAAAUAAAUAAAUAAAUAUGCUUCAGUAUCUGGGAAAAGAUCACCUGCGGAACGCUUCAGUUUGGGCUCAAGCAUUUCAUUUAUGUAUUUGGGGGGCGUUUAAAGUUAAAGGGACCCCUGACUGCUAAGUCCAGUGGCGAACGACUCUUGGGUUGUGGCACUCAUCUCGCUUUAUUGGCCAAGGGAGCCGGCGUACAGCUUCCAGGUCAUGUGGUCAGCAUGACCAAUCCUCUUCUGGCGAACCAGAGCAGCGCACGGAAAUGCCAUUUAAAACCAACCAACUUGUUAGCAAUCAACCAACCAACUUGUUAGCAAUCAACCAACCAACUUGUUAGCAAUCACGUAACACACUGACAAAAGUCAACCUAAGCAUGUUGUGCUUCCUUUUUCUGCUUAUUUGGCUAUAGUGUUUGAUAGAAUACAGAUAAUUGAACAAACUUUCUUGGAUUGCAUUCUUGAUUAAAUUAUCUUCCCACUGAUAUAUAACUUUAUAAUAUUACUCCAAAAGAAGUGGGGUUAUGAGCCAUCAAACCUCUGAAAUACACUUUUUUCCCAAAAGGCUUCCACAGUUUUGGCCACUGUUGUUGUUGUUUAAUCGCUUAGUUGUGUCCGACUCUUCGUGAUCCCAGCGACCAGAGCACGCCAGGCACUUCUGUCUUCCACUGUCUCCCGCAGUUUGCUCAAACUCAUGCUCGUAGCUUCGAGAACACUGUCCAACCAUCUCGUCCUCUGUCAUCCCCUUCUCCUUGUGCCCUCCAUCUUUCCCAACAUCAGGGUCUUUUCCAGGGAGUCUUCUUUUCUCAUGAGGUGGACAAAGUAUUGGAGCCUCAGCUUCAGGGUCUGUCCUUCCAGUGAGCACUCAGGGCUGGUUUCCUUAAGAUUGGAUAGGUUUGAUCUUCUUGCAGUCCAUGGGACUCUCAAGAGUCUCCUCCAGCACCAUAAUUCAAAAGCAUCCAUUCUUCGGUGAUAAGCCUCCUUUAUGCUCCAGCUCUCACUUCCGUACAUCACUACUGGGAAAACCAGAGCUUUAACUAUAUGGACCUUUGUUGGCAAGGUGAUGUCUCUGCUUUUAAAGAUACUAUCUAAGUUGGUCAUUGCUUUUCUCCCAAAAAGCAGGCAUCUUUAAAUUUUGUGACUGCUGUCACCAUCUGCAGUGAUCAUGGAGCCCAAGGAAAUAAAAUCUCUCACUGCCUCCAUUUCUUCCCCUUUUAUUUGCCAGGAGGUGAUGGGCCCAGUGGCCAUGAUCUUCCUUUUUUUGAUGUUGAGCUUCAGACCAUAUUUUGUGCUCUCCUCUUUCACCCUCAUUAAAAGGUUCUUUAAUUCCUCCUCACUUUCUGCCCUCAAGGUUGUGUCAUCUGCAUAUCUGAUAUUUCUUCCGGCAAUCUUAAUUUUGGCUUGGGAUUCAUCCAGCCCAGCCUUUCGCAUGAUGAAUUCUGCAUAUAAGUUAAAUAAGCAGGGAGACAGUAUACAGCCUUGUCGUACUCCUUUCCCAAUUUUGGACCAAUCAGUUGUUCCAUAUCCAGUUCUAACUGUAGCUUCUUGUCCGACAUAGAGAUUUCUCAGGAGACAGAUGAGGUGAUCAGGCACUCCCAUUUCUUUAAGAACUUGCCAGUUUGCUGUGGUCAGCACAGUCAAAGGCUUUUGCAUAGUCAAUGAAGCAGAAGUAGAUGUCUUUCUAGAACUCUCUAGCUUUCUCUAUAAUCCAGCGCAUGUUUGCAAUUUGGUCUCUGGUUCCUCUGCUCCUUCGAAAUCCAGCUUGCACUUCUGGGAGUUCUCGGUCCACAUACUGCUUAAGCCUGCCUUGUAGAAUUUUAAGCAUAACCUUGCUAGCGUGUGAAAUGAGUGCAAUUGUGCGGUAGUUGGAGCAUUCUUUGGCACUGCCCUUCUUUGGGAUUGGGAUGUAGACUGAUCUUCUCCAAUCCUCUGGCCACUGCUGAGUUUUCCAAACUUGCUGGCAUAUUGAGUGUAGCACCUUAACAAACAACACAGGUAAUGAACACAUACCCAAUUUGACGUGCAGUGUAAAUUAAUAAUGCUGAGUUUUUAAGUGAAAGAAUAAGAGCUUUACUGAGUUAAAAUAAACUUCUUCAUAAAAACAUGGUUCCAAACAGUUUGACUGAGAUUACAUACUGACUCUGCUCACAACUGAGGCGGACUGACUCCGACUGAAAUCUUACAGAGAACACAGAGAGAAAAUGGCUGCCAAGUCACAUGUCAGAGUGACUCAACAGUUAGCAGUUAGGCCUGAAUGACUUUAGUAGACCCAAAUGAUUGUGCAGUCCCAGCACCUCCCAGCCUGUUUCCUGCUUCUGCUCUCAUGUGUCUUUGUCAUAUGACACAACUCCCUUCAGUUCUUCUCCAUUUAUUCCGGAGGCUCUAAUCCCUUUUUGUCUCCAUUGCAGAUUCUGAUGAAUCGGAAAUCGAGAACAAAGGUGACCACGAUAAAAUCCCCAGAGAGGAGAAGCCACAUAAAAAUUUGGAGUGUGGAGAAAGCUGCAGUGAGAGCUCCCAUUCCACUUCCCAUCAACAAAAUCUUAUUGGAAAUAAACUCUAUCAGUGCAUGGAAUGUGGAAAAAGCUUCAGUCACAGCCAGAAUCUUGCUUCCCAUCAAAUAAUUCAUACAGGGGAGAAACCCUAUCAGUGUGUGGAAUGUGGAAAGAGCUUCACCGAUAGCUCCUUUCUCACCUCCCAUCAAAGAAUUCAUACAGGGGAGAAACUCUAUCAGUGUGUGGAAUGUGGAAAGAGCUUCAGUCAGAGCUCCCAUCUCACUUCCCAUCAAAGGAUUCAUACAGGGGAAAAACCCUACCAGUGUGUGGAAUGUGGAAAGAGCUUCUGUCACAGCCACAGACUCACUUCCCAUCAAAGAAUUCAUACAGGGGAGAAACCCUAUCAGUGUGUGGAAUGUGGAAAGAGCUUCACUGAUAGCUCCUCUCUCACUUCCCAUCAAAUAAUUCAUACAGGGGCAAAACCCUAUCAGUGUGUGGAAUGUGGAAAGAGCUUCCGUCAGAGCUCCCAUCUCACUUCCCAUCAAAUGAUUCAUACAGGGGAGAAACCUUAUCAGUGCAUGAAAUGUGGAAAGAGCUUCACUCACAGCCACAAUCUCACUUCACAUCAAAGAAUUCAUACAGGGGAGAAACCUUAUCAGUGUGUGGAAUGUGGAAAGAGCUUCAGUCAGAGCUCUUCUCUCACUUCCCAUAAAAUAAUUCAUACAGGGGAGAAACCCUAUCAGUGUGUGGAAUGUGGAAAGAGCUUCACUGAUAGCUCCUCUCUCACUUCCCAUCAAAGGAUUCAUACAGGGGGAAACCUUAUCAGUGUGUGGAAUGUGGAAAGAGCUUCUGUCACAGCCACAGUCUCACUUUCCAUCAAAGAAUUCAUACAAGGGAGAAACCUUAUCAGUGUGUGGAAUGUGGAAAGAGCUUCAGUCAGAGCUCCCAUCUCACUUCCCAUCAAAGAAUUCAUACAGGGAAGAAACCCUAUCAGUGUGUGGAAUGUGGAAAGAGCUUCACUGAUAGCUCCUCUCUCACUACCCAUCAAAGAAUUCAUACAGGGGCAAAACCCUAUCAGUGUGUGGAAUGUGGAAAGAGCUUCCGUCAGAGCUCCCAUCUCACUUCCCAUCAAAGGAUUCAUACAGGGGAGAAACCUUAUCAGUGCAUGAAAUGUGGAAAGAGCUUCAAUCACAGCCACAAUCUCACUUCACAUCAAAGAAUUCAUACAGGGGAGAAACCCUAUCAGUGUGUGGAAUGCGGAAAGAGCUUCAAUCAGAGCGCCACUCUCACUUCCCAUAAAAGAAUUCAUACAAGGAUGCUGGAAUGAAGUUAUAUGGCUUUAGCAGGAAUGCUAUAAAGAAUUAAGUAAAAACAGAUUGUUAAUGGGCCAAAGUGGAAAAUUUAAGGUUAGAUUAUGUUAAGAUAAAUUACAGUGGUGCCUCACAAGACAAAAUUAAUCCAUUCCGCGAGUCUCUUCGUCUUGCGGUUUUUUUCGUCUUUCGAAGCACGGCUAUUAGCGGCUUAGCGGCUAUUAACAGCUUAGCGGCUUUAAGAAAAAGGAAACAAACUCGCAAGAACUCGCAAGACAUUUCGUCUUGCAAAGCAAGCCCAUAGGGAAAUUCGUCUUGCGGAACGACUCAAAAAACGGAAAACUCUUUCGUCUUGCGCGUUUUUCGUCUUGCGAGGCAUUCGUCUUGCGAGGUACCACUGUAUAGAACAAAAAUUGAGAAAGAUGGAAAGGAUUUGCUGAAAUAGCUAAUUGAACUAGAAUACAAAAAAGGGAGGUGUCGAUGAAACAAGUAAAUGAAAGGUAAAGAUACGGAAAUAUUGGAUGUGUUUUUAAAUGUUUUUGUUUCUUAUGUUGUUUUGCUGUAUUGUUUUUUGUUUUUCUUUUUUGAUGUAUUGUAAGGUAUUGUUUUGUUCUGUUUAACUUUUUAUUGCUUCUUUUUUCUUUUUUCUGUAAUUAUUAAACCUUUAAUAAAUAUUAUUUUUUAAAAAAGAAUUCAUACAGGGGAGAAACCUUAUCAGUGUGUGGAAUGUGGAAAGAGCUUCAGUUAGAGCUCCUCUCUCACUUCCCAUCAAAGAAUUCAUACAGGGGAGAAACCCUAUCAGUGUGUGGAAUGUGGAAAAAGCUUCAGUCAGAGCUCCCAUCUCACUACCCAUCAAAGAAUUCACACAGGGGAGAAACCUUAUCAGUGUGUGGAAUGUUGAAAGAGCUUCAGUAACAGCCGGAAUCUUACUUCCCAUCAAAGAAUCCAUACAAAGGUGGGAAAAACCAUUAUACAGCUUUAGAAUCCAGGCUUUGGCUAAUUGACGUGUAUGAAGAUCAAAGUAUUAUGGGCCUUAAUUUAUGAUGAGUUAAAAAAAGUGUUUGGAAUAACCUUUCUAAAAAGACCAGAGGGAUUUCUGUUAAGUAUUGUUGGCAGGGACAUCCCGAAUGCCUUUAGAGAGGUAUUUUUAUAUGCAACGGCCACAGCUCGGACUGGCAUAACAAGCUACAAGAAUUUGCUGAAAUGGUGCAGUUGACAAAUAGCCUGAGAGGCACUUCAAAACAAAAAAAUUAUUUAAAAGUGGGAUAGAUAUAUGUUCAAAAAUACAGUAAAGGUUCGCUAUCUAUGCUAGCUGUCAGUUGAUGUUGGAAAGAGACUGAGUUGAGAAAUAAGACCAAGGGUACAUAUUGAUAUAGGAAUGUAAUAGAAAAAAUGUAAAGAAAUAUACAAUAAUAAGAAUACAUUCAUUUGUGAAAAAGGAAUAUACAACGGGAUAGACAGGAAGUCCAAAGUGUUGGUACAUAUAUGAUUUUGGAAUAAUUUUUUGUCCUUGUUUUUUUUCUUUUAGCAUAUAAACUUUGUAUACAUGUUGAAAAUUAUAGUAAAAUAAGCCUUGUGAUGUAACAUGAUCAUGUUUACCGAUGUAACAUAAGAACAUUAAUAAAUAAUUUUUAAAAAUACAUCUAAUGCCCUUUUAACAUGUGAUGUUUUGUGUUUUUAUGUGGUGUUUUUAUGUUGUAACCAUCCUGAGACCUGUGGGUGUGGGGAAUAGGCUACAACCCUUAAAGGCCUAGGGGUCUUUGACCCAUCCCCCAAUAAAAUAUUUGAGGAUGCCACCCCCCAGUUUUUGGUGUGUUUUUUUUACCCAAACACAACCUUUUAUCCUUCUCUUUAAAAAUAAAAAAAUAAACUCACAAAGGUCAUGAGGAAAACAAAACACAAGAAAAUACAAACGUGGACAGGUCCCAUCUUUGUGGGCAAAACGCAAAAGUUACUUUAAAAGAGGCUUUCCCAAACUUGGGUCCCCAGCAGCUCCCGGACUACAGUUCCCAUCAUCCCUCCCUAUUGGUCCUGCUAGCUAGGGAUGAUGGGAGCCCUAGUCCAAAACCAGCUGGAGACCCAAGUUUGAUCGGCACUUCAACCUCUAGGGAGCUUCUAGGUGCUUUCUGUGCCACCUAGAGUACCCACAGAAUUGUGGCGUCUAUUGGCAACACACAGAGGAGAACAAAUGAAAGACAAACACAAUGAGCAGGCAAAAACCUGGAAAGGGCCAUACCAAAUGGACAUCCGGUGUGAAGAGGUCCCCACUGCUGAACAAUGCCACAGGUAGAGGAUGUGAAAUGCUAGAAGUGUCUCUGGGGCAAGGGGAGCUGCUGGGAAAUUGAACUAUGGGCUCAAAGUAUUACUUUUUUUGAAAAAGUUGUUGCCAUUAUAGGCAUUGCCAUUCAAAUGGAUCAUGUGAUUGAUUGUGCAAGGUGGGCCUUACCUGGCCCCCCAUCAAUAUUUUAUUCAAGUCGGCAGCACUGGGUCGGGUGGUUUCCAAAUUAGAUAAAGACAUGAAUCUCCUUCCUUUGCACAUGUUCCAGCUCGUCAAUAUCCUCAUUUAUUCUUUUUAAAAUUUAUUUGCGUUCAUCUGAAGAUUUUACAAUAUAAAUAUACAGGAUGAAAGUGCUCUGUGAUAUUUAUAUGAGGAAGCUAGUAAAAUGAGGCUGAAUGAGGCAACUGUUAGGUGGAUUUGACUGACUGAACCCAAAGAGGACUCCUUCAUGGUUCCUCCUCAUCCUGGGGAAAAGUGACAAGAGGGGUACUGCAGGGUUCUGUCCUGGGCCCGUUGUUCAACGUCUUGAUAAUUGACAUGGAUGAAGGAACUGAGGGGAUGCUCAUCACAUUUGCAGACAACACCAAACGGAUCAUAAUGGCGUCCUCUCUCUUUUUCAGCAACAGACAGGGAGACACAGAACAGUGCAAAAGCACAGCAGAGCAGAAGAGAUAAGACUGACUUCCGUUCUUACACUUUCCAAGCCUAGGAAACUAAACAGGUUCAUGUUCAAAAUGAACUUUCUUAAACACCCUUUUUGUUAGGUAUCCCAAACCAAGCAUUGCCAAAAAAAAAAUGGAUAUUAUUUAUGUAUGCUACAACAGCGGCCAGAAUCUUGAUUGCACAAUAUUGGAAGACAGAAGACAUACCAUGAAAGGAAUAAUGGCAAGAAAAACUGAUAAACUAUGCAGAGUUGGCUAAGCUAACAGAUAAACUAUGAGAGAAGGACAGAAAGGACUUCAAAAGAGUCUGGGAACCAUUUACAGUCUAUUUGCAGAAACAACAAAAUGGACUGGAUUCACCGGCAGGGUUUGAAUAAACGUUCACAACUUUAUUUCAGUAACAGAUACUUUAGAGAAAUGAUUUGGGAAAUUGCUUUUAUAUAAGAAAAGCAGGAUACAAUAAAUAAAGCUAAAUAACUCAGCAGAGGGAAAGUUGAGGGAAGUCCAGAGGAGGGAGGGAAAACAAUGGUAAAUAACAUGACGAUUGAGAUCUGUAUUUUUAUUUGUUAUAAAAUUCAAUAAAUAUUCAUUUUAUUUUAAAAAAAGAAAGUAAACAGAGACAUGUGACAUACUAGCCACAUAUCCAGCAACGGGAGGAGUGAAUUGCUAACACAACACACAUGAUUGCAGGUGUUACAGAAAAGACAUGGGGUGGCACAUCUUUAAAGUCGUCACAAUGUGUUCAAUUCUGGGCAUCACCGAAGGAGAAGGGAUGUGUCUGCAAGCAUUGGAAAGUGAAUUUUAAGUUAUGGUGGGGUGGGGUGGGGUGGGGUGAUGGGCUGAAAUUUAGCCAAGCUUUGCUCUUUGGUAGAAAAAGAUGGAAGGAUUGGUUUUCAGAGUUUGGAAUAGAGUGUUAAGAAGUGGGAGGUGAAAGCGGUGAUGUUUUGGAGCAGAGCUGGCGAUAUCAAGCAUUUGAGUGAUUAUCUGGGGAUUUUCAUCACUUUGUCUGUUAUUCAAAUCAGACUUCAAAUAGGCUAAAGUCAAGCCAAAGUUUAAAGCACAUACAAAUUCAUAAUUAGGUGGAAUGUGCCUUGACCAAACUUUUAUUACUGGCUUUUGGUGGGAAAGUUGAGUUGUUGGGUUGUCUGAAUGUUGAAGUUCUGAUCUAUUUAAAGUUUCAGAUCUAUAAGCCUGCUUGCUAAGCAAAAAGAAACAGGAAAGCAUACAUAUCAGAAAUGUCUUAGGACAUCAAACUGGGAAAGUGGAUUUUAAACUAACUGAAAAGGUUUUAUGCCCUUGGGAAUUUGGUCUCUUAAAUCUUAAAUCUACCCCUUCGCCUUCCUUGAGUCCCUGGUAGGACAAGCCAAUCAUGGCUUUAUUCAAAUGGUAAUUUAGUCAGGUGAUGCAACACUUCAAAUGGUAUAAUAGAUUGCUGAAUCAUGUACCCUGUACAUGUACAGUGGCUACGUUAGUUUAAAAAAAGAAGAAAGGAAAAGAAAAAGUAGGUUUAAACCAAGAGGUGACAAAGCUAUGCUCUGCACAUGAAACUUGAUUCAAAUUUCUUUUUGUAAAAUUGGGAGCGAUUAGGGGAACUGCAGUAAGAAGUACCCCUUUGUGUGUUUGUGUAAAAUGGUUGGUUGCCCCAAAUCUUUGCCCCAGGGGGUCCCAAAGGGGAAAUAAUGGUGAAGUACUGAACCAUCAACAAUGGAAGAAAGGUUGCCAAGGUCCAAAUAUAACAUGCAAGAUUCUUUCCACAGGUAAAUUUCAGAGUUCUCCCACUCUGAAUUGUCUCUUGAAGGGACAGGAUACCCAAAUCCUAUCUGUGAAAUCACCCCAGGCCUCAAAACUGUCCAGAAUUCCUUUUGUCUUCUAAAAAUCCAAAACAGCUUUUCUCUGCUCUCCUCUGCUCUAUCACAAGAUGCUGUGGCAAAAGGCAAAAUGUUACUUUGAAAGGCUAAUGAAUAGACUCUGUCAUUGCCAAGAAUACUCAGGCCUGAGAAACGAAUCUUAUCUCAUUCAGUUGCAACACCUUUGGACAUGUUGAACCGUUCUCAUUCCCCUUUCCUGGCAAGGGUGCCAAGAGUCCACAAUAGUCCCAAGACAGCUUUCUGUUCAUGCUCAGAGGAACCUCAACAUGAGGCAGGACUCCUGAGGGAGGAGAAAGGGGGAGGGAACUAGAAAGGGGUAUAUAUGUUUGUGCACAUCACUGUGAACUCGUGCAUGCUUUUUGUGACUUAUCACACUUGCUCCUUCUACCAGUUCAUGGAUGGUAGAAAUAAAAGCCUUUUCUCCGAAACUAUUCCUUGAGUGUCUGUUGACUCCCACUUCCCUUUCCCAGGCGCAAUAUUUUCCCACCCGAGGGCAAAGCCUCAUAAGGCUACACUCUGAGUAGUUGUUUUAUUUAAUGGAUUUUUAUCGAUUUUAUCAGGUUUUGUUUUGUUUGUAUAUACCUAUGCAUUAUAGCAGGGACUGAAGGGGGACAGUUAGGGGGAACAGUUAGGUUACCCUAAAACGAGUCACAAGGAAGAUGGCGAACGGCACUUAGUCAGCGUGAGUGUGAGCUCCCUGAUUUAUCUUUUAACAUUGUUUUAAUGAGUAUAGAAACCUUUUAACUUUUAACUUUAGUUUUUAGUUUUUAGUCUUAGUUUUAAAUUAGUAAGUAGGAGGACGCCUUUUUCUAUCAGGGAGACAACCAUUAACCUUGAAACUGGGGCGGUUGCAUGAAGAGAGAAAUGACUAAGCAAAUAUACAGCCCUGCUUGUGGGAGAGGAACUGGGAAACGUACCAGAGAUUCUAGAGAUAUAGACGACACAGAGGAACGGAGAUGCCUGCCUCUUGCUAAACAAACAAAAAUUAGUGAAUCUGAAAGUACAAAGGAUAUUUUUAAUAUCCCGGUUUCAAACUCUUUCACACUGCUAGCAGAGAUGAAUGACGAGGAAUCCAGUGUGAAAGAACCUUUUGAUAACCUGCCUACUAAACCUUCAAGCAAUAAUAAUACUGGCAUCCACUCGAAUGUUUGCACUAGAGCCCGUGAAAGCUGCAUUGACGAGAUACUAUUUGAACACUCGACUACUUUAGACCUGGUUGCUAGAACAGUGGACUAUAUCUUUAAAUACAUAAAAGACAUCCGAGGAUCCUUGGAGAAGAUUAUCUCGCUUGUAUCCCUAACAGGUAAAGACAGUUCCCCUGAUGUUCCACCUGAGAUGAAGCCCUUACAAAUGCCCAGAGCACCCGUUUUACCUCAUACCUCUUGUAUAAUUCCUCAAGCUGCUGGCAAUCAGAAAAGUGAGCAAGGUGAGCAAAAUAAGAAGGAACAACACUCUGCACCUCCUCACAAACUGCUGCUGCAAGCUACCAAAAUCUGCCUAACGGUUUGCCCCUUUAGAGGCAAGGUGAUAAACUGGCACUAUAAGAGUGAUAUAAGGAGAUACCUAGCGGAGCUUCUGAGGGUAACCCCUAGCUCUAUUGACUUGAAGCAUAUUGAUCAUAUUAGCAGCAGACCUCAGAGGCAGAGAGUGCUGCUCUCCUUUAAAACCAAAAAGCUCCCUGCACUUAUUAUGUCCUCAAGAAGCCUUCUAAUUAACUAUGGAAUCCUUGCUACAAGAGUCUUUACCAAUACCAAGAUCUGCUCCCUCUUACCAAACUGCUUGUUCAAAAAGAAAGCAGAUAAGUCUGAGGGUCCGCCAAUUGCUACGACCCCAACUCCCCUGGCAGCAGAUCUAAUCAGCUGGUUUGACGCCCCCCUGCCUCCACUGACAAAGGCCACACAUCUGGAGAACUCUACGGAGCGUGAGUUACUUCUAUCCUUCUCCCAAUUGCCAAAACUGGAGCGAACAGAGAUAACGGACAGAUUGGACGAGUUGCUACUCUGUCUCCGUAACUCAGAAGAUCAUGCUCAUGUAAAUAAGAUGAAUUCUUCACCAAUCGUAGAUCAGGCUACACAAGCCCAAGUGGUACCUGCUUUAACGACCUUUGAUCUGCAACCUGACUGUGCACAGCCUCGGGAUGUCAAGUCCGGGCAGGAUACAGUGGAAGAUUCGACAACCCUCUGGUCAAAUUCGGAAGCUGUGGCAAGACUGGAUGCUCUUUUGGAGGCAAACCGAAAAGGAUGCCUUCCACCUGCCUUACACUGCAUGUUCCCUACAGCAUCUGCAGAUUCAAAAGGCCCACCCCCCUCAAUCUUAGAGCAUACUUUAAAUGUAGAGUCUAUGGACCUGUCGUUAAGUGAUACUCCUGUGCACCAGAAUCCAUCCUUGCAGCUUCCAAUAAUUAAGCCUCAAUCCAUGGUUGCUGCUGCGGUAAGUGGUGCUCGGAAAUUGCCUGGUAAGCAAGCUACAAUUACUUCCUUCUUCCAGCCUAUUGUCCCCCCUCGCCGCAUGCAUUCCCAGGUGGAUUCUGCCGUGCUGGUUCCGCAAGGCCCAGCAUGACUCGAAGGGGUGACCAGGAGAUUACUUACUUUCUUAUCCUGGAAUGUAGCUGGCAUUAAACCUAAGCUGAUGGAUCCAUCCUUUGUCGCCUACAUAAAAGGCAGUCAUAUUCUUUUGCUGCAAGAGACCUGGGCUUGUGAGGGCUUCUCCCUAUCAGGGUAUAAGGGCUUCUACCUGAAUGCACAUCAGAAUUUACUAUCUCCUGGCAGACCACAAGGUGGGUUGGCUACCCUAGUUUCUUUGGCCUUAAACCUGCAGGUGGAACAAAUCGACAUCCAGUCGUCAUCCAUGCUGGGUGUUAAGCUACAAACAGCGGAGGAAGUGUUUGUGGUGAUUAAUGUUUAUUUGCACCCAAUCUAUAAGAAAAACCUGGUGGUCCAAAGAUGGAGGGAAUUCAACAGACUCUUGAAACUCUCCUAGAGAAAUAUCCUGAAGCCACCUUCCUAGUUGCAGGAGAUUUCAAUGGCCGAUUGUCUCACUCUGAUAAAUCAUUAUUUGCUAAAUAUAAUAAAUAUCCCUCACUACCCAUUUUAACCUCAGACCUUUUACCCAGGAAUUUUAAAGACAGUGUUGCUACAUAUGCAGGUUUUAAAUGUAGACAAACUUUGAUGGCUCUUAAUUUUCACCUUUUAAACGGAGCUCUCAGUUCUGAUUACCCUGCCGAAUUUACUUUCUGGUCAGGCUCCCGAGCCUCUACCAUAGACUUUAUUUGGACAUCAGCAGACCUAAUUCCCAAAAUUUCCAACUUUAGGGUGGUAACGAGGCUGGAAAGUGACCAUUUUCCAUUAGAACUUUCUCUGACCCUGGAUGGAGAAUUGGCUACCUACUCCUGCGUGCCUAUUACAAAUAACCAGCUUCAGAUGAGGCCCACUGCCUUAAAAUGGACCGACAAUAUGGCUCAACGGAUAAAUGAACUCCUUUGGUCUGACCAACUGCAAGAGACAAGGGACUCCCUUAUCCAGGCAGUUGAGCCACUGCCAAUAUAUGACAAUUUAGUAGAACUGCUAAAACCUUCGUUGGCUAAGACCCCGGUAAUGAAUAGUAACCAUUUCUCUCAUAAAAAGUGGUUUGAUGAGGAAUGUAGGCACUUCAAGAACAACCUAUAUAAUGAAUUCUUGGCAUAUAGGGCAUCAAAUGACUCCGCACCUAGCAGUCACCUUAUGAUCCUCAAGAGAAGGUAUAAAGCACUAUUAAAGGAAAAGAAGCGUGCGGCAGAAAGAAAUGAUUGGAAGAACCUUCUAAAAGCUGCAGAAAAUAGAAAUCCCUCCUCCUUUUGGCACCAAAUUUCCAGAUACCUGGGUAGACCGUUGUCAAGGAUAGAACCCCAAAUUUCAGCUGACACCUGGGAAAGCUUCUUCUCCGUUUUAUAUGCAGCUCACGCAGCUAGCGGAGGAAGGUUAGAUUUGGCCCCCUUGCCAGAGUGGGACCUUGUUACCUGCUCUGAAGUGGAAACACUUAUAGGCCAAUUUGAGGCGGGCAAGGCACCCGGAGACGAUCUUAUUUCCAUAGAUGUUAUUAAAGCCAAUAAGGAUUGGUGGUGUCCACCCCUAGCAGCUCUUUUUACUUAUAUAAACAAAACAGCACAAUUUCCUCCAAGCUGGAACUCUGCACUGAUUGUGUUAAUUCACAAGAAAGGGCCGCGCACAGACCCGGCCAAUUUUAGACCAAUUAGCCUGCUAAAUGUUAUCGGGAAGAUCUAUUCAAGAUUUCUACUUAACAAAUUAACGACCUGGAUGGAAAGCAACAAUAUCAUCGCAGAGGAACAGGCGGGUUUCCGCCCGGAAGAUCAACAACAGACCAAAUCUUAAUCCUAAAUCACUUGGCCACCAAGUACGCUGGCAAUGGCCUAAAAGCCCUCCACGUCGCCUUUAUAGACUUUAAGCAGGCCUUUGAUCUAAUUCCCAGGAACCAGCUAUGGACAAAAUUGGCAGCGACAUCUAUCGACCGCCGCCUUCUCUUGCUGAUUAUUAAUUUGCAUACAAAUACCCUCUUGAGGAUUAGGAUAGAUAGUAAGGGGCUAGUCUCCAACCCGGUUGCCACCACUAGGGGGGUAAGACAGGGCUGUUUGCUUGCCCCUGCUCUGUUUAACUUCUAUAUAAAUUCGCUAGUGGUGCAUAUGGCAAAUGCUGAUUUCCAUCCACCAAAACUGGCAGGACGAGCCUUGAAUGUCCUACUGUAUGCGGACGAUGCCGCCCUAUUAGCUACCUCCCCCAUCGGAUUAAGGAGGAUGCUUCGAGCUCUUCAUGAAUAUGAGACCCAACACGAGCUCCAAUUAAAUUAUGCCAAGACCAAAAUAAUGGUCUUUGCUGCUCGACCGAAACCUAAUUUAUGGUCAAUUAAUGGUAUUCCUCUAGAGCAGGUCAGUUGCUUCAAGUACCUGGGUCAGGUUGUAAGAUCAAAUAGGUCCUUCCUGGCGCACAGAGAAUACAUAGCCUCGAACGCAUCCAAAGCAGCCCUGAUGAUUAGAACCCUGUACUCCAAGAAACAGGCACAAACUGUCAAUGUUGCCUUACGUCUCUUUAAAAUGAAAGUCCUCCCUCUUCUGCUGGUGGGCAUUGCCUUGGGCUCACGUAGGGAUUUUGAAAAAUUGGAAUCUAUCCAAACCCAAUUCCUCAGGGCCAUACUCAGGAUCCCCCUCUGUGGCAGGUGCGAUCAUGAGGCUGGAAACCGGUUGUCAAGCCUUUAGGUAUGUGGCCCUGAAAGCGAAGUUAUGGCUAUGGCUCAAGCUCUGUUUCAGACCGGUGGGUUUGGCCCCCUUGAUUCUGAGGGAUAACUUUAAAUCUCCAUGGGAAGGGGAGAUAGUGGAGGAAGUGCAGAAGUGUGGGUUGUCCUCCCUUUAUAUAGAGUCCAUGACGUAUAGCCACGCAAAGGCGGUGAUCGCGCAAAGAUUAAGGGAUAUUGCCAGACAGGAGGACAUAGCCCGUGUGAAACCUGGGUUGUUUCUGGGGGAGCAGUUGUAUCGGGCUGCCCCAGCUCGCUACCUGGCGGAUAUCCACUACGUGGAAUACCGCAGACUAUUUACUGCGGCUAGGCUGAAUGUUCUUGACUCGGCGGUCCUGAAGGGAAGAUAUGGAGGAGUCCCAUAUGACCAGAGAUUAUGCCACUGUGCAUUGGGUGAGGUAGAAUCCACAGAGCACAUUUUAUUGAGCUGUCCCUUCUACAACGAUUUAAGACAGUAUCUUAUAACUCCAUACUUACCCUAGCUCAGUUCCCGACAAAGAGGAAAGCAGACAGCAUAUCUGCUAAAUAAGUCUUCUGGGAAAACAACCUUGUCAGUGGCUAAAUUUCUUUUCCUGGCACUCAAGUGUCGGAAACGUAUAAUUGAAUGCCUUGACGUGGGUUAUCUGUGAGAGAUCUAGUACUGUGGCUCUACCUUACUUAUGUACCUUAUGUAACUUAUGAUGUUAUAGCUUAUAAUUAUUGUGUAAUGUUUUAAUUCUGACUAUCGGUCGAAUAAAGAAAUUGGUUGGUUGGUUACCCUAAAACUGUUUGUGAAUUUCCUCCCCCAGCCAGGCCUCAAAGCCUCAAGCACUUUUCAAACUGCACUUUUCAAAGUUUUUCUCUCUCUAAGGCUAAAAGCUUUUAGCUGAGCAUCUUUCUAUGUAACAAAGGUAGCUGAAUUAGAACAAAGCCUUUUCGCUUCUCAGGCUACAGGACGUCCAACUUCCAAGAUGCUGAGAUCUACUCCCAGUAAUAAAAAACCUGCCAGUGAUCUACCCAUUGUCUUUGCCCAGAGUUGUGGAGCUUUUCUCAGGGAGCAGUGACCAGAGUUGUGGAUCCACCAGUAGAUGGCGAUUGACCUGUUGCACAUGCCUCCAUUCUAGGAACAGCAUCCCUGACGCAGAAUUUCACAGAAAGUCCCUAAGAUGAUUCCCCUUUCAGACAGGAUACCUGAACGUAAGCCAGCAGGGUCCUCCUCUCCGGCAGCCCCAGAACGGCCUCCGCUGUCCGGUGCUUGGACACCUCUCAGGGCAGCUUCCUGGCAGCUCUGCAUCACCUGGAGCAAGAGAUCUUGCUCUGGCUCCAGCAAAAGUCAGACUGUCACGUUCCUCACAACUGAGAGUCCUGGCAGCGGGGGGAAGGUCUUUGGGAUCCUCUCCCUCAUAGCUGUCAACUUUUCCCUUUCCUUGCGAGAAUCCUAUUCAGAAUAAGGGAAUUUCCCUUCAAAAAAGGGAAAUGUUGACAGCUAUGCUCUCCCUACUCUUGUUUCCUCCAAUACUCACCAUUGCUGGAUGAAGAAAGCCUCUGGCACAUCUUCAAGAAGAGAAAAACAAGUAAUAAAUGAAAUAAGAAACUGAGAAAAUAAGAAUCCACUGACUGCCUCACCUUGUCCUCCGUCAACUGCCACCAACUGCUCUCUCCUCCACUCGCCUCACUGCUAACCCAAAAUGGCCGCCUGCAAGUCGGUGGCUUUUACCGGUCCUUGUCACCGUGGCAACCUCCCUCCCCCUGGACCUGGGCCCACCUGGCUCCACCUAUUGGGAGAUGAUCUAUAAUGAAAUGAAAAAAAUGUUUAAGAUAACCUUUGUUAAAAGACCAGAAGCGUUUUUAUUAGGUAUUUAUUAGGCAUUUUAGGUAUCUUACCAAAAGAUAAGAAAAAUCUAUUCAUGUAUGCGACAACAGCGGCCAGAAUUUUACUAGCUCAAAGAUGGAAAGGCGAUGAAAAACCAGCGAAAGAACACUUGCAAGAAAAGUUGAUGGAAUAGGCUGAAAUGGCGAAGCUAACUGAGAGACUUAAAGAUAAGGACAAUAAUGAUUUUAAAAAGGAUUGGGAACCUUUUAAGAUGUAUAUACAGAAACAAUGCAUAGAAAUGAACUCACUGGCAGGAUUUGAGUGAUACACUUACAAUGGACAAAUACAAACAGAAAAUGCAGUUAUGAGGUAAAAAUGAGAAGGAAGAGACAAAUGUUAUAACCUUCAUUUUAAUAUAUAAGGAAUACAAAUUUAUAAGCAAAAGAAACAGAGAUGUUAUAAAGCAGGAAGGGAAGCUGGAGGAAUUCGCAUGGCGGGGGGUGUUAAUUGAAAUUGUAAAAUGAAAUUUGAAUAUUUGAUUAUGUUAAAAUUUCUUUAAUUAAGUUAUUUUUUUAAAAAAGGAAAGAAAGAAAAGCAAUGGCUCCUCUUACUUAAGGGCCCCACAGACCUCAUGGGACACCAGAGCUGAUUCCCUUGUUGCUUUUUUGAGUCAACCAGCAAUGGGGGUUGCAUUUCCUUAUUUCCAGGAGGGCUGUUGCUGAAGCACAUGACAUGCUCUUCACACUUAGUUAUCUAUUAGGAACAUGGGCACAAAUUAUUGUAUGUGUGUUUGUAUCUGCAAACUACCCCAGUCUCUGAGUGGUGAGAUUCCAGGGGUCCCAGGCGCUUCCCCAUCUUCAGUUUCCUUGGAACGAAAGUCAGCGGAGACUGGGGCGUCUUUAUGAUAUAGUUUUAUUUACUCGCAUACACAACCGGAGUGUAGGACGGAGGAGCUCACAGCAUCAACACCCAAACAGAUCUUGCUUCUCUAUUAGUGGCAGCUUUGGCUCCAGCACAGAGCAAGCUGGUUUUGGGGUUUCCCACAGCUCUCUCUGGGUCUUGCUUUCCUACCUAGCAGUCAGGUGAGAUGGGAGGGGGGAGGACAGCCCCCCCCCCAUUAGCUGCAGCUCUUGCAACCCAGCUCCUUCGUUGGGGAUGCUGAGGAGGACACUCUAUGGCCAGGAAAGGCCCUUGUCUUGCCAAGAAACUUGUCUGUGGGAAUCGUGCAUCCAUAAUGCUAUGGAAAGGGUGAAUGUCUUCUAGAAUUCUCUGGUGUCACCAGAAGAGGAAGCCGUUCUUUUCAGUUAGGUCUGUUCUCAACUGCAGAGGAUGAGUAGCCUUGGGAGCCUCUUGGGGAGAUGGAAGUAUUUAGAAAGGAGAACACUGGGUUCCCCAGCCACUCUGGGCGGCUUCCAACAAAAUAUUAAAAUACAAUAGUCCAUCAAAUAUCAAAAGCUUCCCUAAACAUAAAAAUAACAACAAUCCAUUUUCAGUCCAUUGAAUUAGCAAUUGAGCAUUUCUGGAAAGGGAAAUGGCAUACUUUUGUAUAUUAGCAUAAAAAGCAUGCAUAAGAAAGUAUUACUCAUUUAUGAUGAGAAUAGGAUUUAUUUAUUUUGAACUUCGCUGGGUUCUUCCUUGGCAGCCAGUACGAUUGUUUCAGCAGGGCUAGAACUCAGGACCCGCUGCCUUGAGGGACAUCUAAGAGCAGUUGGGCAGGGGAAAGGUCUCCCUUGGGAGGUGGUGGACUCUCCUUCCUUGGAGGUUUCUAAGCACAGAUCGGACAGCCAUCUGCCAUGGAUGCUUUAGCGGAGAUUCCUGCAUUGCUGGGGGUUGGACUAGAUGACCCUGGGAUCCCCUCCUAUCUCUCCACUCCUGAAUUGUAGGAGGAGCUUCCUUGCCUCCUGCAAAGCCCUUUUCCCUGCAAGCUCUUCCUCUGGUUUCUGGCCAAGGGAGGGAGAUGCUCAGUGUCCAGCCAAGAGCCUCACCCCCAAAUGAUAUCUGGGCAUUGGCGUAGCCGGGGGGGGGCAGCUGCCCCCCUUAAUCCAUAAAAAAUAAUAAGAAUCUGAGGUUUUGCCAAGCGAGAGAGGGCUGAGCUGGAGGGACUCGGCUUGGCAAGGGUUAAAGGGAAGUGAGCUGCCUUCCUAGAGAGGCCAGGAAGCAAGAGGGGGUCAGGUCCUCCAGAGCCAAGGCCCCUCCCUCCCCAGUCCUUCCCUUGCUUUGGGGUCUCUCCUGCAAGGGCUGCCUCGCUGUCCCCUCCUGGGAUCUGGUGAGUCUCCUCUCUCUCCCCCCAGAGGGUGCAGUGGGGAGACGGGGGGGGGGGUCCCAGGGCUGCAGCAGGGGAGGAUGCCUGGGGGGCCUGAUCAGGGAGGGGCCGGGUCUGCCACGCUCUCCUUUCUGGAGAUCAGAGGAUCACAACUCAUUUGGACCCCCCCCCCCUUUCUGAAAAAAUCUCCCUUCUUUAAAGAAAGGAGUCCCUGGGACUUUAAUUCUGUGUGACAUCGCUCAGCCUCAUUGCACAACAGAGGAAACAUGUGCAAAUGGUUUUCCAAAGCUGGACGAGGUGAUGGACUAGUCCCCCCCCCAAAAAAAGAACAACGGGGAGGAAGGAAGUUAAAGUGGGGAAGGAAGGCCAGGAACAAAGAGAGGGAUCCCAGCCCCUAGUCUGGCUGCUGCAUUGCAAACCAGUUUCCCAGUCGUCUCUCAGGGCAGCUCCCCACGGAGGCCACUGCAGCAAUCCCCUCGCACCCAGAGCAUGGCAUCCCAGGACCACAUCCUCUCUGUCCCAAAGGGAUUGUUGCUGGCAAAGCAGCCGGAAAUGGGCGCCGCUACUCACCGAACCUGCAGGGACCUUGGCAUCAAUGGCUGUGUGUGUGUUAAGUUAUCUAGCGAAAUAAUAAUAAUAAAUUACCUGCCUAAAUUUCAAGGGAGAUGUCUUUGGACCUUAGGGGAUUGAUCAGAUACAUACCUGGCCCUCAGAGCAAAGAAAAAGGGACCCCACCCCAGGAGUCUGUCUGGAGAGCGGCAGACAGUCCAAGUGCAAGAAAAGGAGACAGAAGCAGGGGAGUGGGGGUGGGGGAGGAACUCCUGAGGACCCCAGGCGAGGACCCCCACUAGAGCCAAGCAUCCAAACAAACGAUUCCCUUGUAAGUUGGUUCUGACUUCAUGCAUUGACUGGAAGGCAGCAGAAACCAGGUUGAUUAAUCUCCCAGAAAUCCCUUCAGUUGCCUCCACAUUUUGCAUUGCUAGAAGGCUAGAGACUUAGUUCUCCUCCUCUUCCUGCUCUUUCUUUUCAAAAAGAUAGCUCACGGUCUGGGAUGCGGUGCAGUCCAGCCCCGGUUCCCAGCAAGACUCAUCCAUGCUUGCUCAGGGAAACAUUUCCCCCCCUUCAGUUGCCUCCACAUUUUGCAAUCUUCUUUCUAGGAGAGCUUCUUCUUCUUCUUCUUCUUCUUCUUCUUCUUCUUCAGAAAAUAGCUUAUGAUUUGCAUGCUAAGGGAAGCUUUUUCUUCCUCUGACCUACAAAUUCUGUAACAAAACAAUGUAUUUGCUUUGUAGGAUUUGCCACGGCUUCUCAUUUAGAAGGGCAGAACGUGUCAGAAGACUAAAGGGUUCCUUCCGAUCUCUCAGAGGCUUCCUGAGAGCACAGAUGGAUGAGCGAAACUCAGCUGGCCCUGGAACAGGAAGAGGCCAUGCCAGCCAAACUGGGAGCAGUGGGGGAUUCUGGGAAAACCCAGUGCAGAAGAUCCUGGGUGAGGAGGACACCCUCUGCUCAGAGGUGCAGAGCCAGCAGUUGAGGCAGUUCUGCUGCCCGGAGGCCAAAGGACCCCGAGAGGUUUGCAGCCGACUCUGCCACCUUGACCAUCAGUGGCUGAAGCCGGAAAGGCACACGAAAGCUGAGAUGCUGGACCUGGUGAUCUUGGAGCAGUUCCUGGCUGUCCUUCCCCCGGAGAUGGAGAGCUGGGUGAGGGAAUGCGGAGCGGAGACCAGUUCCCAGGCGGUGGCCCUGGCCGAAGGUUUCCUCCUGAGUCAGGCAGAGGAGAGAAAGCAGGUGAGAGAGACUUUCCUCUGGAUACUCCCAAGGGGCUCCAAACAGGACAGAGAACAUCCCAUAAUGGUCUGCUGAUGGCCCAUCCGUUUUCUGGUAAAGCAUCCAUGGAGUGAGAUCUCACAGCCUUUCUCACCAUUCUCUGUUUUGAAUCCUUGUUUCUUUUUCAGGGAAAGGAUCUCUUUGCAGAAAUGGACCUGGAUUCCUGUGAGGCAGAGAGGCCUCCGUUGGACACCAGAGAGAGGCCCCUGGGUAAGGAGGAAGGUGGUUUUUCUCAGUUUAGUCUCAUUCUGUUCGUUUUCCAACUCAUCUGAGGGUUCUUUUCAUCUUGUUUUGGGGGGAGACAGUUGGGAACAAGGGUCCAGAGGAGGGAGAUGUAUUUCUGCACAACUAACAUAUGAAAUGGGCACAAAUGUCCAAAUACUCUCAGCAGGUAAGGCUUUCUCAAAGGCCCAUGUUUAGUUAGAGAUGCCCUGUUUCACCUGUGAGAGAAGCCGGCACUUCUGGCGUCCUGUUUACCUUUUUUCUCUUGCAGGUGACAGAAUGAUGCCAGUAAGACCUCCUGAUCCGUCUUUUCAUGGGGGCAGAAGGGAAGCAGCGGCUGUGGAACCAGAUCAGGUCAGGGGAAGCUGCCUUGUGGGGACAGAGGCUGAGAGAUGGAGCAAUGUCAUGGACUGGUUGGGCACAGAGGAAUGGUGGGAGGAUACAGCUGGGGAACCAGGAAGGGAAAAUGGCUGAGAGCCCAAGAAGUGGAGGUAGAAGAAGGAUGGGUGGUCAGAGGGGCAAGAGGGAGAAGCUUGGGAAGAGGAGGUGUCAGAAGCUUAAGGGGUUACAGGGGUUAGUGAGCUGGGAGACUCUGUGGCAGAAUGCAGUGCAGAAUCAGAGGCAGAAGAGGAAGGAGGUGAGUGGGAGAGGAAGGUCGAGAGGCAGAGGUGAGUCAGGAGAAGGAGGAGCCACCAGUGGCUCCCUCUCCUUUUGCCAGAAGCCACCCUCCCUGCUUGUCUCUCAGAGCCAGGAGACCCCCUGCAAUGUAGCAAUCUCUGCUAGAUCAUCCAAGACAGAUGGCCAUCCAACAAAGGCUUAUUUUAUUUCUAGAUUGAUCACUGAAUGCUCAGAUUGGUUUCUAAGCAGUGGACAAAUGAGAACAAAUAGUGGCCUGGAUUCACCUAACCAGCCCCAUUGGCUGCAAAAUGGGGCCUGCCCCCCAUUCCUACCCCUCUCCAUGCCCCCAUGAACCCCUGGAAUUUGGCUCUAGGGCAUUGGGAGGGAACUCCCCAGAACAGCUCACGAGGAGAGGAGAAAGUGGACCCUUCCAUCAGGCAAACUGGAAUGCUUGUGUAGGCAGAAUGACUUGGAAAACACAAGGUAGAGUUUGCACAAAGACGAAUACCCAUAAUUAAAACUUAGAAUAAAAUAAGCAUCCAGAAUUAAAAUGUGCAGCAAAGCAAUCCUGUUGAAACAACUCCCCUGCAUGAGUGUCUGAGGGCCCCGCUCCUGCCACUCACCACCUGGCCCAGGGCGGGGCCUGACAGGCCUCAUAAGGACGCUUGCUGCUGGCCAGGAGGACUCGGAGCAGCGCAAUGUUCUUUUUAAAAUGUUUUAAAAAAUUUCUUUUUUCCCUGUGGAUUACUUUUUUUUUGUGGGGGGUGGGCUGGAGGUUUGGUUGGGUUCGGGAAUUAGAUUUUUUUUUUAUAAGGGUUUUAUUUUGUUCUUAAGGAGAGGGGUCAGGGCUGCCAGGUAGUGGGUCCCAGCCCACAAAAUAGCUGGGGCAUGUUCCAAGGGGCGGGGAUGCACUGGGACAACCGAUCUCAGUGAUCACGGUUAGGAGGAGGAGGUACGCCAAGACCAGACCAUGUCAUUACAGAGGAGGCAGGUUUAGUCGUUUGAGGACUAUCCCUGCGUCUGGGUCUGGUCCUGACUGGACGGAUACUAGAAUCAGCAAGGGAUACCCACAUGACCUGAAGGUGCUGCUGUUCAAUGCCAAGUCAAUGAUUCAUAAAACCACUGCCAUCCAUGACUUGAUCAUGGAUGGAGGACUUGACCUGGCAUGUGUAACAGAGACUUGAUUGGCUGAAGCAGAUGGGCCCUCUUCGAUUGCAUGGAGCCUGGACAGCCCUGUGGUUUUCCACGGAUCUGAGGGCAAUAAAACAAUCGCCGAGACGGCUAGAGCGCCGGUGGCGGAUAACUCAUUCUGAAGCUGACCGGACAUGGGUUAGAGCUCAAUGUCGAGCCUACCAAGUGGCGGUAGUGGCGGCGAAGAAGACUUUCUUUGCCGCCUCUGUUGCAUCUGCAGAAAACAGCAGCAGGAGACUUUUUCAGGUGGUUUGCAAUUUAGCGGAACCACCUGCUACAUCGGGGCCCAGUAUGGGCCACAUGAUCUCCUGCAAUGAUUUUGCAAAGUUUUUUGCAGAUAAAGUCGCUCAGAUUCAGGAAGAGGUAGACUCCACCAUGGAGCAAGGCCGGGGCGGGAGAGUGCUAGUGUCCUGUCUAGUCAAGUUGCGUGGGAUCAAUUCCAAUCUGUUACCUCCGAGGAUGUGGACAGGCUGCUUGGACGAGUGAAACCAACCACCUGUCUCCUUGAUCCUUGCCCAUCCUGGCUUAUAAAAGCUAGCCGGGAAGGGCUGGGCGAUGGGCUUUGCGAGGUCGGGAAUGCUUCUCUCUGUGAGGGAACUUUCCCAGACCCGCUGAAAGAGGCGGUUAUCAAACCGCUUAUUAAAAAACCAUCUUUAGAUGCUGCCAAUAUGGCUAACUAUCACCCAGUCUCAAAUCUUCCAUUCUUGGGCAAGGUGAUUGAGCGAGUGGUUGCUGAACAACCAUAACAUCCUUCUGGACCGUCUUGAGGGGCUGGGAGCUGGGGGCACUGUCAUACAGUGGUUCCGCUCCUUCCUCCUGGGCCAUGUUCAGAAAGUGGUGGUGGGGGAUGAGUGUUCAGACCCCUGGGCUCUCACUUCUGGGGUGCCUCAGGGUUCUGUCCUUUCCCCCAUGCUUUUCAACAUCUACAUGCAGCUGCUGGGAGAGAUCAUCAGGGGGUUUGGGCUGGGUGCUCCUCAGUAUGCGGAUGAUACCCAGCUCUACCUCUCUUUUAAAUCAGAACCAGGGAAGGCGGUGAAGGUCCUGUGUGAGUGUCUGGAGGCUGUUGGAGGAUGGAUGGCGGCUAACAGAUUGAGAUUGAAUCCUGACAAGAAUGAAGUACUGUUUUGGGGGGACAGGAGGUGGGCGGGUGUGGGGGACUCCCUGGUCCUGAAUGGGGUAACUGUGCCCCUGAAGGACCAGGUGCGCAGCCUGGGAGUCAUUCUGGACUUGCAGCUGUCCAUGGAGGCACAAGUCAAUUGUGUGUCCAGGGCAGCUGUUUAUCAGCUCCAUCUGUUAUGCAGGCUGAGACCCUACCUGCCCUCAGACUGUCUCACCAGAGUGGUGCAUGAUCUGGUUAUCUCUCACUUGGACUACUGCAAUGCGCUCUAUGUGGGGUUACUUUUGAAGGUGACCCGGAAACUACAACUAAUCCAAAAUGCGGCAGCUAGACUGGUGACUGGGAGCAACCCUCGAGACCAUAUAAACCGGUCUUGAAAGACCUACCCUGGCUCCCAGUACGUUUCCGAGCACAAUUCAAAGUGUUGGUGCUGACCUUUAAAGCCCUAAAAGGCCUCGGUCCAGUAUACCUGAAGGAGCAACAUUGUUCUGCCCAGACACUGAGGUCCAGCGCUGAGGGCCUUCUGGCGGUUCCCUCGCUGCAAGAAGCCAAGUUACAGGGAACCAGGCAGAGGGCCUUCUUGGUAGUGGCACCCGCCCUGUGGAACGCCCUCCCACCAGAUGUCAAAGAGAAAAAUAACUACCAAACUUUUAGAAGACAUCUAAAGGCAGCCCUGUUUAGGGAAGCUUUUAAUGUUUAAUAGAUUAUUGUAUUUUAGUGUUUUGUUGGAUGCCGCCCACAAAGACAAAUACCCAUAAUUAAAACGCAGAAUAAAAUAAGCACCCAUAAUUAAAAUGUGCAGCAAAGCAAUCCUAUUGAAACAAAACCGCAAUUAACAGGAAGGAAACAACAGAGCAUUGUGUAGCAGAUCAUAUUUCUGCUGUCUCAGAGGAGGACAUUUCCCUUUUUCUUUUAGGGUCCAGUGUGCUUUGAAGAUGUUGCUGUUCAUUUCACGGAGGAGGAGUGGGCGUUGCUGGAUCCUGACCAGAGAGCUCUGCAUAAGGACGUCAUGGAGGAGAAUCAUGGGACCGUGGCCUCUCUCGGUAAGGCUCAAAAAAUACCUCAAUGUGACCAACCUCAUAUAUUUUCACAGAGCUCAACAGCACCCCUAUAACACCUGGGAACCUAACACCCCCACAAUAAAGAGUAAAUUACAGUUUUUCUUUGAACAAUCUUCCUCAAAUCAUUCCUUUUUCUACCAGUAUUGGGCUGGUCUGAACUUCUGAGGCCAUCUUAAAUGUCAGCUUCAGAAUUUUUAGGAAAGCUAAGUAGCUUCAGGUUUUUGUUUUUGCUCCUGUCAGUCUUGGGUUGAACAAAGAGACGACUGACAUUGGAGAUGGAGGGGAUGCCAUGACUGGGCCAAACAAAACCCAUCCCAGAGAAGAGCUAGGCUUAUGGAAUCUCAGGUAGUAGUAGCAGUGAUGAGGAUGAGGAUGAGGAUGAUGAUGAUAGUAAUAGUAAUACAGUGGUACCUCGGUUUACAAACUUAAUCUUUUCCGGAACAGGACAGUUCUUAAAUCAAGGUACCACUGUAGUAGUAAUAAUAAUAAUAAUAAUUUUUAUUUCUCCCUCCCAUCUGGCUGGGUUGCCCCAGCCACUCUGGGCGGCUUCCAACACAUAUAUCAUCAUGAAACAUAAAUAAUAAUAAUCUGAUUCCAUAUAAAAAGAACAUUAAUUUUAAAAUGAACAACUUAUACUAGUGGCCGAAAUUGUGGAAACCUUUUGUGAAAAGUGUAUUUCUGAGGUUUGAUGGCUCCUAACACCACUUUUGUAUGGAGUAAUACCAUAAAAUUAUAAAGCAAUAGAAAGAUAAUUUAAUGAAGAAUGUAAUGCAAUGACUUUUAUGAAGGAGUAUUUAUUAGAACAGCAGUCAUAAAGAAAAAACGUGAAAUCUUUGGUAACCAUUGGUAACCUUUAGCUUUCAUUACGGCCUUACAAUGCCUUCCCAUGAAGUGAACCAAGUUUUUAGUUCUGCAACUGUAAGAAUGUCAAACCAAGACUGAAUUAUUGCCUCUGUUGAUUGGGCCUUAUUGCUGGGUUGCCUCUGAUUAACAAGUUUCUUUCAUCAGCUGCAUAGAAUUCUGAUUGGAUUAAAGUUUGGGCUAUUCCCAGACCAUUCCGGGAGUGGAAUGGGAUCAUCUUGAAAGCACCGUUUGCACACAGCAGCAACAGGUCAUGGAGCUGAAUCCUGUUGAAAUAAAUAAAUAAAUAUGCUUCAGUAUCUGGGAAAAGAUCACCUGCGGAACGCUUCAGUUUGGGCUCAAGCAUUUCAUUUAUGUAUUUGGGGGGCGUUUAAAGUUAAAGGGACCCCUGACUGCUAAGUCCAGUGGCGAACGACUCUUGGGUUGUGGCACUCAUCUCGCUUUAUUGGCCAAGGGAGCCGGCGUACAGCUUCCAGGUCAUGUGGUCAGCAUGACCAAUCCUCUUCUGGCGAACCAGAGCAGCGCACGGAAAUGCCAUUUAAAACCAACCAACUUGUUAGCAAUCAACCAACCAACUUGUUAGCAAUCAACCAACCAACUUGUUAGCAAUCACGUAACACACUGACAAAAGUCAACCUAAGCAUGUUGUGCUUCCUUUUUCUGCUUAUUUGGCUAUAGUGUUUGAUAGAAUACAGAUAAUUGAACAAACUUUCUUGGAUUGCAUUCUUGAUUAAAUUAUCUUCCCACUGAUAUAUAACUUUAUAAUAUUACUCCAAAAGAAGUGGGGUUAUGAGCCAUCAAACCUCUGAAAUACACUUUUUUCCCAAAAGGCUUCCACAGUUUUGGCCACUGUUGUUGUUGUUUAAUCGCUUAGUUGUGUCCGACUCUUCGUGAUCCCAGGGACCAGAGCACGCCAGGCACUUCUGUCUUCCACUGUCUCCCGCAGUUUGCUCAAACUCAUGCUCAUAGCUUCGAGAACACUGUCCAACCAUCUCGUCCUCUGUCAUCCCCUUCUCCUUGUGCCCUCCAUCUUUCCCAACAUCAGGGUCUUUUCCAGGGAGUCUUCUCUUCUCAUGAGGUGGACAAAGUAUUGGAGCCUCAGCUUCAGGGUCUGUCCUUCCAGUGAGCACUCAGGGCUGGUUUCCUUAAGAUUGGAUAGGUUUGAUCUUCUUGCAGUCCAUGGGACUCUCAAGAGUCUCCUCCAGCACCAUUGUCGGGGAACCAGCCCACCAGGUGCGGAGGAAAAUGACGAAGAGUCAUGGGUGAAGGUUUAAGCAAGGAGUGAGCUCUCCCUCCCAGCAGCCUUGCAUGUUUAUUAGCCUUGCGCACAUUACAUCAUGUUGCAUAUACACGUGUAGCACUCGGGUGGAAAACAGCUAGGGUUUGCAUUUCUUAGAAUAACUAUUCUCUACCAGGACAUAACUCCAGACAGCAUGACAGCCGCGUAAGCUUUGCGGUUAGGCAGCUUGUCAGUGACCUCGGUGGUGGGGGAACCAGUCAGCAGAUGUUUCCUCUUGCACAAUCUUGCACAAGGGUGUAUUUUUCUAUUGCAUCCCCACAUGCCCUCCUUUUUUAUAUUAUUUAAUCAGAGUCAUAAAUUUCAUUCCGAGGCAGAAGCUCGCCAGGGUCGCACACAGCGCGCUGGUAACCAGGUAGGCCGUCCAUCCAGGUCCACUGCCGCGUAGCCGCGUCCCCAGGAGAUGAGUGGCACAGGACCAUGCCAUGUUGGAUCAGGUAGCUGUCUGUAAGAUACAAGAGGCCGAGCCAAAGGCUCUGCUUUUCGAAAAUGAAUCUCAGCCGGUGUAUAUUCCCUAUUAUUGGGAUACAAAAGAUGGUUAAGAGUGAAUAAAACAGUAUGCACAAUUGAAGGAAUCUCGGCGGAGGGGGCAUUUCGACCUCCAAGUUGUUUGGACAGCAGUGUCUUGAAGGUCAGGUGCGCCCUCUCCACAAUCGCCUGUCCUGUUGAAUUAAAAGGCAAACCAUGGAUUAAUUUCACAUUCCAUAAAUCACAAAAGGAUGAAAACUGAGAGGAAAUAUAGGCUGGGCCAUUAUCCGUCUUAAUGCUUUGUGGCUUACCCAUCACAGCAAAACAGCGCAGGGUGUGCUGAAUGACGUCACGAGCGGUCUCACCCUUCAAUGGGGUGGCCCAGAUAAAUCCAGAUGAGGUGUCCACUGUCAAGUGAACUUUUGAAAAUGGGGCGAGCAGAGGGGUGUGAGUGACAUCCAUCUGCCAAACCGCAAGAGGGACGUACCCCUAGGGUUCACCGCAUCAAAGGGAAUCAUGGUUGGAGCCUUAGAACAGGUAGGACAUUGAGAGACAAUGUCUCGUGCCUGUGCAAUAGGGAUUUUAAACAUUUUUGCCAAAACCUUAGCAGGCUGGUGAAAGGUAGAAUGAGAGAGAAUAGGGUCAGAAAACAAGGAAAACACUUCAGAUCGCAGUGCAGCGUCUGCCACGGCAUUUCCCUGAGCCAAAACCCUGGGUGAUUGGUGUGGGAACGAAGGUGUGCAACAUAAAAAGGAUGACGGCGUUCUUGAAUAAGAUACUGCAAGGUAGAAAAAAAGAACAAACAAAUCAGCAUCUAACGCAGGCGUGAUAUAAGAAACAGGCAGGGAAGACAGAAGGCGAUACACAUAUUGUGUAUCAACAAGCAAAUUAAAAGGUUUGUCAGGAAAGAGUUGAAAGGCAAGGAUUACAGCAGCAAGUUCAGCCCGCUGGGCGGACCUCUGUUGCUCAGUAAAUUCAGUUUUCCAUUUUCCACCCUCUUCCCAUGCUACCACCCCCGCGUUUUGACCCAUCAGUGAAAAGGGUAAGGGCAGAGGGGAUGGGGGUCGGAGAGAGAGCAGUUUUUAAAGUAUAGACAGUUUGAGAAAGAAAAGCCAAGCGUGGAUCAGAGGGGGGAUUAUGCGUGAUGGUUCCCAAAAAAUCCACAAGUGCUACUUGAGUAGCCACGGAGGUGGAAAUCAGGUGUUGUGUUUCUGUGAGUGAAAAAGGCAAGUAAAUUUUUUCAACGUCCAGUCCAGAGAGGGCCUUUGCUCGAGCACGCCCUUUAAUUACCAAAUCCAUUACAGCCGCUGGAGAGGAAUAAAUGUUACGCGGUGGAGUAUGCGGAAGGUGGAUCCAUUCCACAAUGUUGACACCCGAGGGGCAGCCGAUUUCUGUGAGUAGAGAAUGGCUGUAGGCAGCAAAGGUGUGGAAAAAAUUGCCAAGGAUAACUGCACAUUGUGCAGAGUGUCUAUGCGAUCCACCAUUCGGUCUCUUAAUAAAGCAUUAACCUGUUGUAAGGCUUGUAGCAUUUCUUCUGUAACUGGGAUGACUUCUCUGGGUAGUUUGUGUCCUUGUAAGGCAGAAAACAAUGGUGACAAGGUGCUAGUAGGCAGAUUAAGGUAAUUCUUAAUCCAAUUCAGGUGUCCCAAAAGUUGUUGAAGGUCAACCAGCCGUAGGCGGGCAGGAAAAGACAAUUGGGGAACAACCGGAAUGGCAGCUUGUUGUGUCAAUUUAUGUCCAAGAUAUAACAUAGGCAAAGUUUGCUGAACCUUAUCUGGGGCAAUACACAGUCCAAAAUCUGUCAGGGCAGAUGUAAGGUCUCUUAAUAAUUCCACUGAUAUGUGCUUCGCAGCCACAAGGAUAUCAAUUGGGUGGAGGCUUUGACAGGCUGGCGCUUCUCCCCCGACAUCCAAAACUUGGGCAGCUGCCUUUGUGGGCCAUUCGGGAGGCCAGUCUUGUUUAGCAAUCACAGUAACAUCUGCCCCUGUAUCCAGAACCCCCUCUACCUCACGUCCACCCAGUGUCAUUUUUAAUGUAGGGCGCUGAGCUGUGAGAGGCAUUGCAGCAGCAAUUAAGGGGAUAUCUGUAGGAGUUGUGGCAUCCGCAGGGAGCAGUAUGACUUUAGCCACUGGCGUGCCAGAUGAAAAACCUAAGAGGGGGGCUGCUUGUUUAAUUGCAGUCCCCAGUGGCGUCGGCGGAGGCUGAUAAUCUGGUGGUCGUGGCGGAGUAAAAGGUGGUGGUUGAAGCGGUGCAGCCGGAUAUAUGAAAGGCAUAUUCAGGACUGUUUUUUGUUGUGGUUGCAACGAAGCCAAGAGGAUGUUUUUGGGCGUAAGAGUUGCCAUGCAGCCACGGACUUUAGCCCAGGCACUGAGGACGUGAAGAUUUAUGCGGCCAUGGCCAUGAAAGUGGUCGCCAAUUUUGUCCCAGUCUGGUAUUUCCCAUGUCCCGUCCUCAGGGAACCAUGGACAAUGUUCAUCUAUGGCCAGAAUCAAUGCGAUUAGAUCACCUUCAGGUACUUGCUGUUUAUUUUCCCGAAGGAGGUGCUGCAUGUCUUUUAAAAAUUGUUUCUGAGGGUUGGAGAGCGCAGAACCCAUGAUAAAAAUAGAAAAAUAGCUACUCACCGGGGAUCCGAAGAUGAGAGGGCGCCUUGAGCCACAGCCGGGCGGGUGAGUAGCAGGGAGGAGCGUCUUUGACAGCACGCGUCCUGGAAGCCGUUCAGGCAAUCACACGGGGCACCAUUUGUCGGGGAACCAGCCCACCAGGUGCGGAGGAAAAUGACGAAGAGUCAUGGGUGAAGGUUUAAGCAAGGAGUGAGCUCUCCUCCCAGCAGCCUUGCAUGUUUAUUAGCCUUGCGCACAUUACAUCAUGUUGCAUAUACACGUGUAGCACUCGGGUGGAAAACAGCUAGGGUUUGCAUUUCUUAGAAUAACUAUUCUCUACCAGGACAUAACUCCAGACAGCAUGACAGCCGCGUAAGCUUUGCGGUUAGGCAGCUUGUCAGUGACCUCGGCGGUGGGGGAACCAGUCAGCAGAUGUUUCCUCUUGCACAAUCUUGCACAAGGGUGUAUUUUUCUAUUGCAUCCCCACACACCAUAAUUCAAAAGCAUCCAUUCUUCGGUGAUAAGCCUCCUUUAUGCUCCAGCUCUCACUUCCGUACAUCACUACCGGGAAAACCAGAGCUUUAACUAUAUGGACCUUUGUUGGCAAGGUGAUGUCUCUGCUUUUAAAGAUACUAUCUAAGUUGGUCAUUGCUUUUCUCCCAAAAAGCAGGCAUCUUUAAAUUUUGUGACUGCUGUCACCAUCUGCAGUGAUCAUGGAGCCCAAGGAAAUAAAAUCUCUCACUGCCUCCAUUUCUUCCCCUUUUAUUUGCCAGGAGGUGAUGGGCCCAGUGGCCAUGAUCUUCCUUUUUUUGAUGUUGAGCUUCAGACCAUAUUUUGCGCUCUCCUCUUUCACCCUCAUUAAAAGGUUCUUUAAUUCCUCCUCACUUUCUGCCCUCAAGGUUGUGUCAUCUGCAUAUCUGAUAUUUCUUCCGGCAAUCUUAAUUUUGGCUUGGGAUUCAUCCAGCCCAGCCUUUCGCAUGAUGAAUUCUGCAUAUAAGUUAAAUAAACAGGAGGACAGAAAACAGCCUUGUCGUACUCCUUUCCCAAUUUUGGACCAAUCAGUUGUUCCAUAUCCAGUUCUAACUGUAGCUUCUUGUCCGACAUAGAGAUUUCUCAGGAGACAGAUGAGGUGAUCAGGCACUCCCAUUUCUUUAAGAACUUGCCAGUUUGCUGUGGUCAGCACAGUCAAAGGCUUUUGCAUAGUCAAUGAAGCAGAAGUAGAUGUCUUUCUAGAACUCUCUAGCUUUCUCUAUAAUCCAGCGCAUGUUUGCAAUUUGGUCUCUGGUUCCUCUGCUCCUUCGAAAUCCAGCUUGCACUUCUGGGAGUUCUCGGUCCACAUACUGCUUAAGCCUGCCUUGUAGAAUUUUAAGCAUAACCUUGCUAGCGUGUGAAAUGAGUGCAAUUGUGCGGUAGUUGGAGCAUUCUUUGGCACUGCCCUUCUUUGGGAUUGGGAUGUAGACUGAUCUUCUCCAAUCCUCUGGCCACUGCUGAGUUUUCCAAACUUGCUGGCAUAUUGAGUGUAGCACCUUAACAAACAACACAGGUAAUGAACACAUACCCAAUUUGACGUGCAGUGUAAAUUAAUAAUGCUGAGUUUUUAAGUGAAAGAAUAAGAGCUUUACUGAGUUAAAAUAAACUUCUUCAUAAAAACAUGGUUCCAAACAGUUUGACUGAGAUUACAUACUGACUCUGCUCACAACUGAGGCGGACUGACUCCGACUGAAAUCUUACAGAGAACACAGAGAGAAAAUGGCUGCCAAGUCACAUGUCAGAGUGACUCAACAGUUAGCAGUUAGGCCUGAAUGACUUUAGUAGACCCAAAUGAUUGUGCAGUCCCAGCACCUCCCAGCCUGUUUCCUGCUUCUGCUCUCAUGUGUCUUUGUCAUAUGACACAACUCCCUUCAGUUCUUCUCCAUUUAUUCCGGAGGCUCUAAUCCCUUUUUGUCUCCAUUGCAGAUUCUGAUGAAUCGGAAAUCGAGAACAAAGGUGACCACGAUAAAAUCCCCAGAGAGGAGAAGCCACAUAAAAAUUUGGAGUGUGGAGAAAGCUGCAGUGAGAGCUCCCAUUACACUUACCAUCAACAAAAUCUUAUUGGAAAUAAACUCUAUCAGUGCAUGGAAUGUGGAAAAGCUUCAGUCACAGCCAGAAUCUUGAUUCCCAUCAAAUAA